AUGAAACGCCGUACGGUGGGUGAUAUCCUGGCACAAAAAGAAAAAUGGCUUGAGAGUACCGAUGACAAUCCUUUUCGUAGGAACAGGCAGGCAAAGAACAAAGGCAUGGAAAAGGCCCUAUUCCUCUGGUUUUCAGGAGCUAGAGCACAAAAUUUACCAGUAACCGAUGACAUUUUGCGAGCAAAGGGAAAAGAACUUGGGGAGAAACUUGGUGUGACUGAUUUCGCUUAUUCAUCAGGAUGGCUGACGCGAUUUAAAAAAAGAUUUGCCAUCAGCAACCGUGUCAUUUCGGGGGAGAGUGCGGGAAUAGACCCCGAGAUGAUUGAUGAAGGUCGGAGAAAAGCCAAGACUGUCAUUGCCAAGUAUAAACCUGAGGAUGUCUUCAAUAUGGACGAAACCGGUUUAUAUUAUCGUAUGCUACCAGAUAGGACCUUGACGCUAGCGACCUCUACAAAAGGGAUCAAAAAGGCAAAAAUUCGCAUAUCACUCGCGCUAACAGCAAAUGCAACAGGGACUGAAAAAUUAACCCCUCUUGUAAUUGGACAUGUUCAGCGACCAAGGUGUUUCAAACAUUUCAAUCCUGGGGUCUAUGCACAGUAUUUCCAUAACAAGAAGACAUGGAUGACAUCCGUAAUCUUCAACGAAUGGAUUACUGAGUUAGAUCAGAAAAUGCGAAGGCAAAAUCGCCACAUAUUGCUCUUGUUGGACAAUGCCACAAGCCAUAUUGUUCCAGUGGAUGAUGAUGGCCAGCCGAAGUUGACCAAUGUUGACGUUCACUUUCUGCCGCCUACAACAACGAGCCAUUUGCAGCCCAUGGAUGCAGGCAUUAUAAAAGCUUUUAAGGCGCAUUACCGUCGCUUUCAAGUGAGACACAUGAUUGAUGCUUACGAUGCUGGACGGCCUACAGAAAUCCAGCUUAACCAUGCCAUUCGCUACGUUAAGCAAGCAUGGAAUGCUAUAACUGAAAAGACAAUCGUCAAUUGCUGGGAACAUGUAAAAAUUUUUCCAGAUCGCACACCUGCUGCCGAUGCUGAUGUUGAGGUCCUUGAUCCAGUUCCCGCACCCCUGCAGAACGAUUUUGGAAACAUGUUUGAGCGUAUGGCCGAAAUGUACAACAUUCCUCCUGAGCACGUCAUGAGUGAGAGCGAAUUCAUUUCAGUUGAUGAUGGCCUAUCGACUGGAGAAGAAUUGACUGAAGAAGAAAUCAUCAACAUCGUGGUAGGACCUUCAUCCGAUCCAGGGAACGAAGAUGAAGACGCCGAUGACAUCGACAUAGAACCUCAACGACCGCCAACAAGCUGCGAGGCCAAAGCGGCACUUGAUGUUGUUGUGAGGUUCCUGGAAUCGAAGACUCCAGCCGACGGCGUUAUGAAAAAAGUCAUGGACAUUUCCUCAGAAAUAAACAAUUUGAUUACGAAAUCGACGAAACAAUCUGCCAUAACCGACUUUUUCAAAAGUCAGUAA